AUGCUGGUGGGACACUUGCUGCUAAACAGCACCUUGCCUCUGUUAGAGGUCACCAAGCCGUAUCUCAGGGAAGAAAAUCUGAUCUGUGAGGAGGAACUUGACUUUCUCCUGAAAUAUUUCUGCGAAUUUCCAGAGUCCAAACCCAUUUUGGCUUUGUGCAUCAUAUCCUAUUUUGUGAUGAUGGGGAUUCUGACCAUUUAUACCUCAUAUAAAGAGAAGAGCAUCUUUCUCGUGGCCCACAGGAAAGAUUCUACAGGAAUGGAUCCUGAUGAUAUUUGGCAGCUGUCCUCCAGUCUUAAAAGGUUUGAUGACAAAUACACCUUGAAGCUGACCUUCAUCAGUGGGAGAACAAAGCAGCAGCGGGAAGCUGAGUUCACCAAGUCCAUUGCUAAGUUUUUUGACCACAGUGGGACACUGGUCAUGGAUGCAUAUGAGCCUGAAAUAUCCAGGCUCCAUGACAGUCUUGCCACAGAAAGGAAAAUAAAAUAGCCAAUUCUAAAAGUA